UGUGAAUGUGAUUGAAAUGAAUAAACGUUAAUUAAUUGCUUGAUGCAGCCAGCGGAGGGUAGAGUUUGCGAGUCAAAGAGCCAUAAGUUCCAGAGCCCAUGUUUGGGUGACCACAACUGUGCGCUGGUGUGCAGAAACGAAGGUUUCUCAGGUGGCAGAUGUCGAGGAUUCCGUCGCCGUUGCUUCUGCACUAAGCUUUGCUAGCUCAUGGAAAGGAUGCAAUGCGUGCCCCAUAGCUUUAUUCCUAGUACUUUUGGCCUUUAGGUUUUCAAUAAGG